AUGUCAAAACUGGUCAUAUCAACGUCAGUGUUCCAGUCUCAUGUAGCAGACUUACUUCCAUGCAACAACCAUCAAAAAUCACAAUUGACACAUUCGUUGUUGAACGCGUACAAUCUUCUUCAGCGCUUUGAUGAAGUCCUGGUAUUCCCCUAUGUUAGAAAUAUUGAACUGCUUGAAUUCCAUUCCAAGGGGUAUAUCAAUUUUUUAACGAAUGAGAAUCUGAAUAGAACAUUACCGCAAGAUAUCGAUGAUCCUGUAGUAGAAUCCAAAUGGAGUGAAUUAUUUGAACUGGCUAAGAAUUGGAAAGAGAAAGUUGACAAUAAUUUAUUAGAGGGAUUUCAAAGGUUCAUUUCAAGAGAAGAUCUUUACCAUUAUUAUCAGAGUCAGCUACGAACGGUCGAGAAAGAAGAAGAUAGUAGUAGUGGCGAUGAAGUGCGUACAGAUAAUGAAAUGAACACAAUAGGUCCUUAUGACCUCUAUCCUGAAACGAAAAAGUAUAAUUUAGAAGGAGAUUGCCCAGUUUUUUCGUACCUUCCCAUGUACUGUCAAGUGAUUACAGGGGCCACUUUAAACCUGCUGGAUCAUUUCUCACCUGCACACCGUCUCAUCGGAAUAAAUUGGGAUGGUGGAAGACAUCAUGCUUUUAAACAGAAGGCAAACGGUUUCUGUUACAUAAAUGACGUGGUAUUGUUAAUUCAACGGUUGCGGAAAAUGAAGCUGAAUAAAAUCACAUACGUCGAUUUUGAUUUGCAUCAUGGUGAUGGUGUAGAAAGGGCUUUCCAAUAUUCUAAACAAAUACAAACCAUUUCCAUACAUCUUUACGAACCUGGAUUUUUUCCCGGAACUGGCUCUUUGAAUGAUGCACGGAAAGGUAAAAGCGUCGUUAAUAUUCCCUUGAAGCAUGGUUGUGACGACAGUUACUUGGACUUAGUCGCAUCCAAGAUAAUUAGUCCUCUAAUAAAAAGACACGAUCCUGAUGUACUAAUAAUUGAAUGCGGUGGCGAUGGACUCUUAGGUGAUAGAUUUAAUGAAUGGCAGCUAACGAUACGAGGUCUCUCUCGAACAAUCGUAAAUGUCAUGAAAUUAUAUCCAAGAGCGCACAUAUUUCUGCUGGGAGGAGGUGGAUAUAACGAUUUACUGAUGAGCAGGUUUUAUACGUACCUGACCUGGUGUGUUACGAGGGAAUUCUCCACCAUAGGGCAGGCCGAUGAUUCAAGCAAAGACGGUCCAUUUGAUAUGUGUGGUGUUGAUGACUCUGAACAAUUUAUACAAGAACAUGAGCUUAUUGAGAUGUACAAUGAAGAAAACUACCAGUAUUGGAUAUACGAGAUGGAAGGAAGUUCACGGAUGAAGACGUUAAGAAAUGAUAAUAAAGUUGAGGAUAUAGUUGAACUCAUGAAAUUUUAUAAAUUGUAG